AUGGCACUUGAUGUUCAAGGAGUUGGGGAUUCUUCAAGCUGUUCUCGUUCAACUUGGAGACAGAAGAAAUAUGAUGCGUUUGGAAUCACAACUUUUACAGACGAUGAAGACCUUGAAAGGGGACAAAUUAUCAAGCCAAGUUUGUCUCAAGCAAUUGAAGAAUCUUCCUCGGCAAUAGAUAAAUAUUUGGGCCUUCAUGUAUUUCCAAUCUUUUAUGGUGUAGAUCCGUCCAAUGUUCGGCAUCAAAGGGAAAGGUUUGCAGAAGCUUUUGAAAAGCAUGAAGAAACAUUUGCACAUGACAGAAUGAAAGUUCACAGAUGGAGGGGUGCUUUAAAAGAUGUUGCUGACUUAGCUGGCUGGAACUCGGAAAAUCGGUAA